ACCGUUGCCGCCACCGCCACGGCCACCGCGGCGAGCGGGCGCGGCGCGCGGAACGCGUCCUGGCGCCCUGGGAAAACGACGGCCAUGGCCGUCGCGUCCACUGGUGCAGGAGGGCCUCCGAGCGAGGCGGCCCCAGAGGGCGCGGCAGUGGAACCGGGUGGCGGACGAUCGGCAGGCGGCGCCGGCGAUGGCGGCACCGGCGGCGCCGACGGCGCCGAGGGCGACGUCCUCGUUCUCAAGCCGAGCCCCUGGAACCUCUUUCCGUGUCACUUCUACUUCGAGCCGCGCAAGCGCCGUCUGGCGAGUCUUAACGCCGAGGCGCUCGUCAGCGCCCUCCUGGAGCGCGACCUGCCGAACCUGGCGGCGGCGUCAUCGUCGUCGGCGAAACCGCCGGCCAAGCGCAGCCGCCGUCAGUGCAGCCUGGACAGCGCUGGCGCGACGGGGGGCUGCGGCCGCGGAGGCCGCGGGGGGAUGGCGCCAAAGCGGCGUGGCGCCGGGGGCGGCGGCGGCGGUAAUGACGCCCGUGGCAACAGAACAGCUAAGAACGCCGGCGCCGCGAGUCAGCGCAAGCGCCCACGCCGUGCCAGCGGCGUGAGUGGCCGCGAGCUCGUGCGCUCCCGCUCCGAUCCAGGCCCCUUGGUCGUUGCCCCGGCGAAGCCGUGCAGGCCGGCCGGGCGGGGCGGGCGGGCGACGCGCGCCAACCCGGGUUCGGCCGGCGCCGGCAGGGCGGGCGCCAGCCACGCCGGAGAGCGGCAGUCGCCGGUGCGGUUUCCACGUCUGUCGGCGAGCGCCGCUCCGUCGUACGCGCCGUGCGAGCCCUGCUGCGAGUGGGGGUGCGGGUGCGGGUGCCGCGUCGGGGAGGAGGCCGGCGCCGGCGCGGGGCCGGUGGGGAAGGCGGCGGUUGGCAGUGCCGUGGACCCGCGGGCGGCGCGCGUCUGCCUGGUGAAGCUGCCGCACGCAGAGUCCAUCAUUUACGGCACGCGCGCCAACGGCAGCUCCGACGGCAGGCGGACGAACCACCAGCACCACCACCGCCAUCGUCGGCACCAGCAGCACCACCGGCACCACCACCACCAGCAUCACCACCACCAACACAAACAUCAGCACUCGCACCUCGAGGACACCGAGGACAAUGAGGAGGAGCACAGCGGCUACGGCUGCCGUGCGGCGCAGGCGCGGCACCCCAGUGCCCGCCCGGCGUCGGGUUUGCCGCGGCCGUUGGCCCUGUACCCGGCACGGUCGAUCCCUGCCAGCCCCUACCCAGAGCUGCCGUCACCGGGCUGCCGGAACCACCCGGGCACCGGGCUGUUGUUCGUACCGGCCGGCGGCGGUAGUAGGGCGGGCGCCGGCCGGGGUGCGGACAAGCGGGGCUCGCAAGGUGCGAUGCGGGGAGCGAGGGGCGCUGCGGCAGCGGCAGCGUCGGCGGCAUCUCUGGUGUGCGAGGUGGCGCUGAGCUACACGGCACGGAGGCAGACCAACGGCUGGGUGCCAGUCGGGGAGGCCUACGAGAAGGCCGUCUAUGUGGCGGGCGAGCUGGAGCUGGUGCCGAGGCGCUGCUACGGCGCCGUCCGACGCGGCGGUGACAUCAUCGCGGUGCGCGACUGCGUGCUGCUGCGGUCGGGGCCUCGUCGCAAGUGCCUGCCGUACGUCGCCAAGAUCUCGGCGCUGUGGGACGACCCCAAAACAGGGGAGCUCACCAUGAGUCUGCUGUGGUACUACCGCCCCGAGCACACGCAGGGUGGCAGGGUUCCUGGCCAGCACUGUGAGAACGAGGUGUUUGCUUCGCGACACCAGGACGAGAACAGCGUGGCUUGCAUCGAGGACAAGUGCUAUGUGCUCACCUACCUCGAGUACUGCAGGUUCCAGGCCGAGGUUCGCCAGCGCGAGGAGUCUGGGCGGCGGGCAAGCCCGUUGGCGAGACCCUCGGCAGGCGUGGUGCCGGCGCUGCCGGCACGCGUAGCCCCCCCCCACCGCUGUUUGCCGGACCGCGCCAACCCCAGCCUCGUCUACCUGUGCCGCCGCGUCUACGACUUCCGUCUCGGACGCAUCCUCAAGAACCCCAUCUAGUGCCCCCCCCAUCCCCCGCCAGCUGCCUCUGUUCGACCCCGGCCCUCGCUGCCGGGCUUUACGCCGUACUGCCGGGCUAUAUGCCAGGCUAUACACUGUACUGCCGAGCUGUAGGCCGUACUGCCGGGGCUGUGCACCAUACUUAGCGGGGAGGGGGGGGUGGGGGUGGGGGUGGGGGUGCGGCACAGCCGUGCACCAACACUAGACCGAGAGCCACCGCCGGCAACGCGCCCGCGGUCGAGUGAACCUGGGGACGCUGCGCCCUGGAAGCGGCCAGAGCCGUUCCACUGAUUGAGCAGAAAGCCCCGCAAGAUGUAUUUCGAUUGCCGUCGCUCUCGCGUAUUUUGUAUUUUUCGAUUGAACCUAUUCGGUUUUGUGUUUAUUAUACAUAGCUGUUAUAUAUAUAUUUUUGCGGAACUCCUUUUAGAGUCGAUUGGGGGCGGCGGGUGGGGGGGGGGUAUGCGCAGUCUGGAAUGUGUUGGGUGGGGGGGCGCCUAUUAGAGCUGCGGUGACGGAUAGCUACGGUCCCUCGCAACCCACCCCCCACCCCCAACUCGCCAACCUUUAGUCCCUGCCAUGGUGAAGAGAAAUCAAAAUUGGUAUAUUCACCAAAA